AUGUUCUCCAUCAUUCUCCACCCCAUUACCGCCGUCAAGUCCGUCGCUUCCGCCGCUUUGACCAAGGUCAACGCGACGAAGACCGCCGUGACUGAGCUGUACGAGAAGAUGACCGAACUCACUCACCAGUAUGACUGGUUGAACGAGGAGAUCGAAGAAGAUGACAGUCAAGAGAGUCAGAUUAACGAGCACGUGACCCCUUACGAAGAGGAUGAGAAGCUAACCACCUUCGAGUUUCAGCAAGUCGACAUUGUCGAGAAAGCUGACGAAGGCCUGGUCGAGCUUGCUGAGGAGAACAAGGAGGUUCUCUUGAAGGGAGUUGAAGGGACGUUGGAGAAGUUCCGCCUCUGGGAAGAGAAGCAAGUCAUCAAGGAGGAGAAUCAGAAGCAGGAGGCCGAGAUGGACGCGCUUUUUGCGGACAUCGAAGAGGCGUGCGCGCCUUAUGAGGCCGAGAACCAGCUUUGGGACUUGUAUGACCGAUGCUACCAGCAGGCGGAGAUGGAGAUGCUGUUUGAGGAGGUCGAAGAGGCGUGUGCGCCGUAUGUGGCAGCCGACUUCGACGAGGACCUCAUGGAGCGUUGCAAGCAAGAGGUUGCCUUGGAGAUGCUUUACGAGGAGUUCGAGGAGGCUGACGUUCUGUAUGAGAUUGGAGAUGAGUUGAUGGAGAGGUGCAAGGGGGAGGUUGCUUUGGAGAUGAUGAAUGAGCAGUUCGAGGACGCCCGUUCGCUUUACGCAGCGGAAGCUGAGUCGAUGGUGGAGUACGAAGAAGCCGAUGCCUCAUACGUGGUUUACUAA